AUGGGUAGACCGACCACCAGGUUCCUUCUGCUGAGAACUUUGCCCGGUGUCCUCCUCAAGACCGCGCUGCUGCUGGUUUUCUGUGAUCAGGUGGAUGCACAGUGCAGGAUCAUGAAAUGUAACACGGAAUAUGUUGCUGCCGUAUCCAAUGCAAAGACCUCCAACAAGAACGUGGCGCACUGCAACGCCUUGCGCUCCUACUCCCAGUGCACCCGCAACACGGCUCGGACCUGCCGCGGAGAUCUGGUCUACCACUCUGCCGUGCACAUCAUCGAGGACCGCAUGAUCCAGUUCAACUGUUCCAAGGUGGGACCCACUAACCCUCCACGAAGGCAGCCUCCACCUCCUCCUCCAGAUGGAGCCAUGAAACAAGCCUGCGACUAUGGGAAGGUCUACCAAGAGAAGCAUGGGAGCGAACCCAAAUAUGUGCACUGCGGGGUCUUCGGGGACCCACACGUACGGACUUUCGGCGGUGACUUCCAAACCUGCAGUGUAAAGGGCUCAUGGCCUCUCUUGGACAACGAAUAUCUGUUUGUUCAGGCCACCAGCUCACCGGUGUCUCCGUUCUCAAAUGCUACGGUAACAAGCAAGCUAACAAUUAUCUUCAAGAACAUGAAGCAGUGCAUCGACCAGAAGGUCUACCAGGCAGAAGUUGGCAACAUGCCAGCAGCAUUUGACGAUGGCUCUGUGAACGGGGGCCGAAGAGCAGGUGGAAGCAGCCUGACCAUCCAUGAAAGGGAGCCUGGGAAAUACAUUGAAAUCCAAGCAGCGUAUAUUGGCACCACUAUCCGCAUACGACAGCUGGACAAGCAGCUGUCCUUCUCUCUGCGUAUGGCCAAGGAGAUCUCACAGGCCUUUCCAGAGGAGCAAGACCUGCAGCUCUGUGUUGGUGGCUGCCCAUCCGGCCAAUGGAUAUCUAGAACUAAGGACCUCAGUAGGACAACAGUCAUGGACCUGGAAACAGCCAGAUCCCUCUGUGGGGAGAAAUUGACUGUAGAAGACGUCUACUUUCAGUCUUGCGUGUUUGACCUGAUGGCAUCAGGAAAUAGCAAUUUGACGUACGCAGCCUACCACGCCUUAGAAGAUGCAAGGGAUUUCCAUCCUGAGCCUGGAACUUUACAUAUAUUCAGCAGAGGGGAAAGCGGGCCUCGUUUAUCUGUUGCUGCUCUUCUUCUGAUUUGUCUUGUUGUUGGGUGUUCUGGUGUGGCUGAGCUGAGGACCUUUAUGGAAAUGUGGACCUGUACAAACUAA